AUGUCUCGUGAGAUGUACUCUAAGCAGCAGAAACUUUGUAUUAAAAUUGUGUUACCCGGAAAAUAUGCACUGGAAAAUAUCCCAAAGCCUGCUGCGCCUGAGGAAAAUGGUCUCCUCACUUCAUUCCCAUGGCGUCUGGCUGCCCUGACUUUGCUCACAUUGUGUCUGGCAUUAAUGGUAGGACUGCUAGCCCUGGGGAGUUUGUUUUUCCAGGUUAUCAGCAUCUGCCAGGAAGAGAAUGUAAAACUCAAAGAGAAGGAGAAAGCUCUGCAAACAAAUUUCUCAAGCAGGCUGCAAGAAAUAAGAGACAGUUUGUGUUUGGAAGGGGAAGCAAAGAAUAAAAAUAAUGGAAUGAGUUGUAUACUCUGCCCCACAAACUGGCAACAAAUGGGAGACAACACCUGUUACUACAAUUCUUCAGAGAAGAAGACAUGGAACGGGAGUCGGAACUUCUGUGCCUCACAAAAUUCCACCCUUCUCAUGAUAAAAGACAAGGAGAAGCUGUUACUAAAGGCUUGGCAUCUGAAUGAUUAUUGGGUAAUAUCUGAAAUUCAUAUUGACUUGGAGAUCAGUCUUUUGGGACUGGUGAACCUAACCUAA